CCAAAGCACCUUUAACAAACAAUUUCUACAUUUUAUUCAAGUUUCGCUAUGAUUAUCAAAUAAGCAUCAGAUAAAAGUGCUUCACACUUGCUUGUGUAAGCCACCAUAAUGUGAAGAUUUCUCUAUUUACUUGAUAUGAACCAUCUCAUGCCUAAGAUGAGUAGGAAAACCCUUAUCCAUCUUCUCCUAGUAUGCCUGCUGCUUGUGGCUUAUCUACACCAUUUCUCCACCCAAAUCAAGGUUCCAGCUACAGAAUCAGUUCAAUUCAAGCUCAAGCCUGCACAACCAAGCUUAAGAUCACGCAAGGCAAACCUCUUGCCGUCCUGGGUAAGGAAUUCAAUCUCCCAAAUUCCGGUUUACAUUUCUAAUCAUCUUAGUACGGAUGGUUUAUACCUACACCUGCAUCUAUUCAAUGAUAUAAACCAGGCUGAAGGGAAGAAGGUUCACAAAAGUCCAUCUGGGCCCAAUCCAGUAGGAAAUCACAAUCCACCAACCAAGCAAUAAAUCAACUAAUGCGCUUCUUCCGCACUAAACACAGUCCAUCCCUUGAAGUAGAAUAUCAGAUGUAUUCGUUUAGGUUGGAAAUCCUGAUCCUGAGGAAUUUGUGCUUGUGCAAAAGUGAAACUUAUUUGAAGAUUCCUACAUCUGAGACCAAUAUGUCAAGAAACUGCAUAUUUUUGUUUCUCUAUUUUCCUUUCUUUUCUUGAACUGCGUUCAUUUUUUAGCCAAAGAAUUCUAAUAGAAAUACAAACAGGAGUUAUUAUUAUUUUUA